CCGGAAUGACACUCGACAGCAUGACGGCUGUCGGCCGUCAAUUAGGCCCGUGCAUAUGUCAUGUCAAUUAGUAGUAAUUUUCAAAUUAGGAAAACAAUUUUCGUGAUAAUCUUCUUCGAAGAGGUCGUUUAGUGCACCUGAUCGGCAUGUCGCGCCCCUCGAGCCCCUUAAAGGCGUCGCACUUGCGGUAGUCCCGGAUUUCGCCCCCCUUUUGAAGCGUCAGCGCGAUGGAGCCCCCCGAGCUGGACAACAACAAUGGCAACAACACGGUGCUGGUGUUUAGGGCUGCGACCAGAGCCACCCUGUCCAAUCUGCUCAACCCCAUGAAGCUGCUGCCCAACGACAAAGGGGUGCCCAGAGACUGGCAUGGUGUGGCGGAAAAAGCCGGACUAUCUGGGGAACUCAUCCGCAGCCUGGCCAACGAUCCAGACCCGACCGGUAAAGUGCUGAAAAUGUGGAGCGACACCUGGAAAAGCGAAGCCACCAUCAGCAAGCUGAUUGGCUAUCUGGAGGAUCUGGAUCGCCUCGAUGUGGUGGACGAUGUUCUUCCAUUGAUCGCUGACGAUUUGAGGUUCUUCCAAGAGAAUCUGGCCAAUGGGAAGACAGUGGCCGCCUUCGAUCUGGACCUGGACAAGCACAUUCUGACCAGGGAUGACGUAUUUCGGAUGCAGGAGGGUCUCGAGCCGCAACUUUAUGACGCUUUUGUGCUGUUCGACGACGACGACAUCGCGUUUGCCACCGAAAUUAUCGACAACAUGGAGAAAAACCACGACAUGAAGUUCUGCAUAAAAGAGCGCGAUCUGGUGGCGGGCGGCUCGGAGCAUGACGCCGUCAUCAAGCUGAUCGCGGAAAGGUGCGCCCGACUGAUCGUCGUCAUUUCGCCGGCCUUCCUGGAAAGCAACGCCAACAAGUUCUUCUACAGCGUUGCCCAAUCGAUUUCAAUCGAGCAGCGGCAGCGCAAGAUCAUCCCGUGCAUCUACAAGGACUGCGGCAAGUUGCCGCCCGAACUCGACUGCUACUUCAAGUUGGACUUUCGUCGAUCGGGCGCCUUGUGGAACUUCUGGGAAAAGUUGCGCGAUUCGAUCGUUGUGCCGGAAAAGGGGCGCAGAAAGUUGCUGAGUUUGCCCGAAAACAGCUUAAUCGCAACGGCUGACAUCAGCGCCCAGUCGUCGCUAAAGUCGAUUUCCAGAUCGGCGUCGAAUUCCGAUCAAUCGCUCGCAUCCACCGGCUUGAAAUCGGUCAGUUUUGGCAGCGCCAGCUUGAAUAAUCUGCCCGAAGCUCCAGCAUCUGCUCCAGACUCGGCCAGUAUUAACGGACUUCUGGAUCAUUCAUCCAGGAAAAACUCGCUGCUUCAGCGCAUUAAAAGCUCGUUGACGCCAAAGUCGCGCGCCAAUCCGGUGACCAGGCCGGAAGAAUUGGCGCUCAAGAGUGGACCGGAUGAAAUCGGUCCGGCGGACGCGAACAAUGCGAAACCGUUGAAGAAGAAGAAGAAAAAGAUCAGUUUCCGGCUGCAGAAGAAGAAGAAGGCCGUCCUGGCGGACACCGGAUAGAUUUGGAUCUGGAUCUGGAUGCGUUUCGAUGUGUGGAUCGGUUUUAGCCCGUUUGCUUUCCAGAAUUUAGCACAAUUCUAGGGGAAUUCAACGAGCCGAUCUGUUUUAUGUAUUGAAUUCUAUGUUUAAGUAAAGUUUUAAUUGUUUUUGGAAAUAUACCAGGCGUCAUUUUAA